AUGCCAGCUACAAAUCAGUGCUCCAUAUGUCUGGGGGAAAUGAAAGCCUCAAUCGGAAUGCUAGGUGGAUGUGAACACAUCUUCUGUUACGAUUGCAUCAAGAAGUGGUCUGAAGAUAAACGAACGUGUCCUCUUGACCGCACACCAUUUGACUCAAUCAAUAUACUACACGAAAUUGGUGGUGCAAUUGUGGAAGAGGAAAAGCUAGAACCUCUGGAGUCAGAUCAACUCUAUAGUUCACUUAACAGUGCUCGCAAUUUCCUUUGUCCACAAUGUCGAAAUAGAUUAAGACGGAUGAAUUGA